AUGAAUUUCUUCAGAAACCCAGAAGUACCAACGGAGCUAUAUAAGGAAACAGACACAACGAGAAUGAUAGACAAGUACAACAAGUUCUGGUUCCUAUGCUGCUGUCCAGAUUUCUGGGUCAAGAAGGUGGAUUAUCCCGACUCCUUUACCAGGGUCUACCGGCCUUCGAUGCUGGUUAACCAUAUAGUCAUGGUCCUCUACAAACUCGCUGUCGUUCUCAAAGUCGAUCAUAAUGAUAAGAACGCCGAAGAUGAAAUGAUAAAACAAUCUAAGUUGCAUAAUGGAAUAUUUUUCUCGUCUUGUGUCUGCAAUAUGGUGCUCGUUGGACUGUAUAACUUUUAUAGAGCUGUUACCACAGAUGCGACAUUUAUAACAUGCAUAUCAGCGUGGCCGGAUAUAGAAGACCGGUCUACUCUAGCAGGUUUGACGAGGGUGGUGGUCUAUUUUCUCUGGUUCUCCCACGUGACUCGCAAUAUGGGUGUCUUCCUCAUCACACACACGGCGUUGCUAUUACUCAGCCAACAGUACAAGAACCUGCAAAGCUAUUUCGAAGAUCUGAACAAAAUAUUCCUUGAAAAAGAAUUAAGUCAAGAGGAACAGGAAUUGAAAUUUGAAGUUAGGUUUAAAAAGGGAAUCGAGCAACAUGCGCUUACAUUGUGGUGUGUGGAUGAGACCCAACGCAUCUUUCAAAUAACAUUCAGUUCCCACGUACUGCUCUGGUGUGGCCUGCUCAUCUCCAUCCUUCCUGAUGUGUUGAAUAACGACACACACUCACCGACGAUGCUGGUUUCGAAUGCGCCGAGGGUUUGUGCCGCACUCGUGGGACUCGGGUACUUCAUGUGGCCAGCAGGAGACAUCACUGUCGAGGCUUCAAACGUGCCUCACGCUAUGUACGGGUCGGGCUGGCAGUGCUGCCACGACAGGUCUCCUCGAAUCAGGAAGCUGGUGGUCUUGGCGAUGAUGCAGGCACAGCGGUCGAUUGAACUAAAGGCCUUUGGACAUUUGACAUUCUCGUAUGAAACCUACGUAGCGAUUGUCAAAAUGUCCUAUUCUCUGUUUUCUGUACUGUACUAA